UGUCCUGGUACACUCAUUUAAUCAAUUUUUUAUGACCUCUUCACCUUCCCUAUAUUCCGAAACCCCUAAAAAGUCUUUACCCUGCAUUCUCUCAAACUCAACGCUUACUUAUUCCGGGGCCCCGCUGGCUCUAAGGGUCAAGGGUUCGACUCCGCCCCGCUCCUCUUUCUCCUCCUCUUCCUCCUGCUCUUCCCUACGCGCUCCAUCUCCACCUCUUGCUUUGCUUCACGCGAUCAGGAAAUAAUCUGGCCUUGUAGAGCGCUAGCAGCAUUGCUGUGGUGUAUGCAAAAUGUCGGCCUAUUUGGAUGGCGAUGAAAGAGUGCGACGUAUCUCCGCGGCAAUCCGAGUGGUGCCUGAUUUUCCAAAGCCCGGAAUUAUGUUUCAAGACAUAACAACGUUGCUUCUGGAUCACAAGGCCUUUCGGGACAGCAUUGAUAUAUUUGUUGAAAGGUACAAGGACAAGAAUAUCACAGUGGUGGCAGGAAUUGAAGCGAGAGGAUUUAUUUUUGGUCCUCCAAUUGCAUUGGCAAUUGGGGCCAAAUUUGUACCUAUGAGAAAACCAAAAAAGUUGCCUGGUGAAGUUAUUUCUGUGGAGUAUGCAUUGGAGUAUGGAACAGACAGAAUGGAGAUGCAUGUUGGAGCUGUCCAACCAGGUGACCGUACCCUGAUUGUCGAUGAUUUAAUUGCCACUGGUGGAACUUUAUGUGCAGCCAUGAGUUUACUAGAACGUGUUGGUGCUGAAGUGGUUGAAUGCGCAUGUGUCAUUGAGCUUCCCGAGUUGAAGGGCCGGGAGAGGUUAGGUGGGAAACCACUUUACAUCCUAGUAGAGUCUGCUUAAUUCCUUGGAGCAAUCGAGGAAAUACCAUUGGGCAUUAUGCAUUUGAAGGUUACAAGAUUAAUAUUUUCACAUUAUUCUUUCUACAGCAUGAAUAUUGGUCAAGUGGACUUAUUAGCUGAGGGCAAGGCUAAAUUGAAAAUUUUAAUUUGUAUUUUGUUAAACUCAGUUAAUUCAUUUCAAACUUUGACUUGGGUUAUGCUUUAGUUUCCUGGUUCUUUAGUUACACAUUAAGAGUAUUUCGGGUUCUUUUCAUGGAAUUUUAGUUUUGCCGACUUUCAAUUUCUUAUUACUCAUGGCAUUAGUGCACUAUUAAAUGUGCGACUUUUGUAUCCAGCCCUGAUCUAAGAUUUCUUACUUGGUACAGCAGUUGCACUUCUCAUUGUUCA